AGGAGCAAAAGUAACGUUUUUGGUAGGUCGCGAGCGAGCAUCUUCGAGUUGCAUUUCGCAGUGUGUGUGAGAAGAAGAGAAAAAUGGAGAAAAUGAUGCGACUGAGACCACUGUUCCGAUCACUGAGUUGCAGAUCUUAUCAUGCCUUCCCAUUCAUCAACCAUGUCGUUCUUCGACCUUCUCUUAUCUCUCGCUCUCCCAAUCCUCUUCCUUCUCCUUCACACUCAGAAUGCAUGUCUCCUUUCUCGAUGGGUUUAGGGAGCAUGCGAUUCUAUAGUGAAGAUUUGACCCACGUGCCCAAUAUUAAGGACCCUGCACUUUACAAUGCUUUCAAGGAUUUGAUGGCAGUAAGUUGGAGUGAGCUUCCGGAUUCUGUUGUAUCUGAUGUUAAGAAUGUGUUGUCUAAAAACACUGAUGACAAAGCUGGCAAGGAGGCUGUGGAAAAUGUGUUUCGCGCAGCCGAGGCUAUUGAGGAGUUUGGUGGGAUUCUAGUCUCCUUGAAAUUGGAAUUUGAUGACAGCAUUGGAUUAAGUGGCGAGGAUGUAAAGCCAUUGCCUGAUCAUAUAAAAAAUGCUCUGUGUACCACUUUUGAUCGCUACUCCACCUAUUUGAAUUCCUUUGGACCUGAUGAGAACUACCUGCGGAAGAAGGUGGAGACGGAAUUGGGUGCAAAGAUGAUUCACCUAAAAAUGAGAUGCAGUGGCCUUGGUGCUGAAUGGGGAAAGGUUACGGUUCUUGGCACCUCUGGACUUGCAGGUUCAUAUGUUGAGCAAAGAGCAUAGAAGCAACAAUUUAGAAACAUUGCAUGUAAUUGUUUGUCUCUGUUUCAUAUCCAUGCUUUUGAUGAUGCCGGUAGACUCUUUGAUUUGUUUUCUCCUGACCUUUUUGUUGUCAAGCGUUGAAUGGCAUGGAAAUAAGAGAGCGCUUAACUUUGUUAACUGUGAUUAUCCUUAAACAACGUUUUGUUUCGUUCUCAAUGUCAUUUUCCGAAGUUAACAAGUAACAAUGUUGGUGAAGUUCUAAGGACUUGUAUAUAUCUUAUUGAUCAUAUGAAAAUGACAAGUCAAGAAGUUAAUUAAUUA